AUGUCGAGCUUUACAUCUCUACGCACAGCUCUACGAGCUCGACCGAGCGCUCGUCUAAAUUCAAACACCAGCCGUAUUGUCGCAGCCAGACAACUCCACCAAUCUUCAGUACAGCAAUUCCCAUAUAAGGAUGAUAUGGACCGCGAGUCCUUUAAACCUAAAACACACGAAUACACAACAAGCGGAACGGACGAGGAGGUAGCCAGCAAGCAAGACGCCGCCUUCAACCCAAACAAGACGGAUCCCGAAACCGAAACCAAAGCCGCGGGGGCCGAAAGUAAUGGUAACCCAUUAAACGAAAGCCCUGCGAAUAAGGCAUUCGCCGAGGCUGGUAGGGGCAAGGAGGAAGAUAGACCGCAUGGUGGGCAGAAGAAGGCCAGUGGUGGUGGUAGUGGACCUAAGAAAGGGAAGACUCCAGCUGCUUAA